AUGGCUUCUCGAAGCAUUUCCCUUCUGUCGUCGUUGGGGCUUUUGUCCUGUCUCUUAUCCACCGUUGUAGGCCAGACGUUCACGUACUGCAACCCGUUGGAGAAAGAUGACUGCCCUAACGCCCCAGCUUUGGGACAGAACUUCACCACGUACCUUAACAACUCGCUGAACCCUAAUAUCUGGAAUACUACCAAUGGAAUUGUUGAAAUCUCUGAUAAAGGCUCCAACUUCACGAUCCGCAAGCAACUCGACUCGCCAACUAUCCAGUCCUUCUUUUAUAUCUUUUUUGGUACCGUUGAAGUCCAUAUGAAAGCCGCGACUGGUCAAGGUGUCGUUAGCAGUGUUGUCAUCCAGUCAGAAGUAUUGGAUGAAAUCGACUGGGAAUGGGUUGGCUCGGAGCCAGAUAGAGUUCAAACCAACUACUUUGGCAAGGGAAAUACUACGUCCUAUGACCGCGGUAAGAAUUUCGACGUUAAGGGAGCUAUGGAUGAUUUCCAUAACUAUACCGUCAACUGGACGCCGGAAAAAAUAGAAUGGUAUAUCGACACCGUGCUGGUCCGAACCCUGAUGUACGAGGAAGCCCUUGGUGGAAAAAACUUCCCUCAAACUCCCGCAACUGUGCGCCUGGGUAUCUGGCCUGGUGGUGAUCCGCAGAACAAAAAAGGUGUCAUUGAAUGGGCGGGCGGCGAAAUCGACUAUGACAAAGCGCCAUAUAUCAUGAGUGUCAAGAAGUUGAAGGUUGUUGACGCACAUAAAGGGAAAGAAUAUGAGUAUUCUGACAGGUCCGGUGACUGGCAGAGUAUUAAAGUGAUAGAUGGUGUUUCUGAUAUCGCGAACGAGAUCAACAAGCCACCACCAAAGUCUUUGGCGCAGAGAUGGCGAGAACUACCAGCUGCAGCUAAAAUCGCCGUCUAUGCUUCAAUUGGCGGAGCAGUUAUUCUGGCUAUGGGGAUCAUAGCAUUCUGCUGUGUCAAGCAACGCCGGGCCGGACGACGAGAGUUCUCCAUGGAGAACAGCAAGUUUGUUGAAGACCAAAACAACGUCAUGGCCAUGAGGACCCAGUGGAAUCACAAGUAUAAGCCAGUCGGUAGCUGA